AUUUAAUUCAUUCGCUGAAUCUAAGAAAUUUGUUCAAAUUCUAUACAAAAAUGUUAAGAAAGGACACAAAUCCUUUUAUACAACUAGGUUUAAGACCUUGGUUAGCCAAACAAUUAACAAAGUUGGGUCUGAAACAAACUACUCCUAUUCAAGAAAACUGCAUACCAUCCAUUUUAGACGGUAAAGAUUGCAUAGGAGCCGCCAAAACUGGUUCGGGUAAAACAUUUGCCUUCGCUUUGCCCAUACUGGAGAAACUAAGUGAGGAACCCACUAGUCAUUUUGCUCUAGUAUUAACGCCCACACAUGAAUUGGCUUAUCAGAUAUCGGAACAAUUUUUGGUGGCUGGUCAACCAAUGGGUGUACGAGUUUGUGUAGUAUCUGGCGGUACUGACCAAAUAAUAGAAGCCCAAAAGUUAAUGCAAAGGCCUCAUAUUGUGGUAGCCAUGCCGGGUCGUUUGGCCGAUCAUUUAACGGGAUGUGAUACGUUUUCAUUUGAUAAUCUGAAAUUUUUGGUUGUUGAUGAAGCUGAUCGUAUGUUAAAUGGUGACUUUGAUGAAAGUUUAAAAAUUAUAGAGAGUUGCCUGCCGAAAGAAAGACAAAAUUUAUUCUUUUCGGCCACAAUGAAGGAUUUCAUUAAAGAAUCCAGUAUAUUUCCUAUAGCUAAAGAUUGCUUAGAAUGGUCCGAAGAAUUUCAAACAGCCACUGUGGAAACUUUAGAUCAACGCUAUUUGCUUUGUGCCGACUACGAUCGAGAUAUGGUGUUAAUCGAGGCUCUGCGCAAGUAUCGUGAAGAUGAUGAGAAUUCGAAUGUAAUGAUUUUUACAAAUACCAAAAAAUACUGCCAAUUACUGUCAAUGACUUUAAACAGCAUUGGCAUUGAUAAUGUCUGUCUGCAUGGUUUCAUGCGACAAAAGGAAAGAGUGGCCGCUUUAAAUCGUUUCAAGUCGAAACAUGUGCGCACCUUAAUUGCAACCGAUGUGGCUGCUAGAGGGCUUGAUAUACCAAGUGUUCAACUGGUCAUUAAUCAUCGAUUGCCUCGUACACCCAAAGAGUAUAUUCACCGUGUGGGAAGAACAGCUCGCGCCGGUCGAAAAGGUGUGGCCAUAUCCAUUUUUCGUUUUCCACGAGAUCUAGAAUUAUUGGGUGAAAUUGAGCAGGCCAUUAAUACGAAAUUAACUGAACAUCCUAUAGAUCAAAAAAUGGUGGAACGUAUUUUCAUGCAAGUUAAUGUUUCGAGACGUGAAUCGGAGAUACAAAUGGAUAAUAAUGAUUUCGACGAAAGAGCUCAGAACUAUAGAAGAAAACAAUGGAUAUUGGACGGCAAGGAUCCAGAUGAAAUGGAAAAUAUAUAUCGCAAGAAACAGAAAGAUAAAAUAAAAGAGAUUAAACGUCAACGCAAAGAACGCCAACAGCAAUUUGAGAGCAAAGAACCUUCUACAAUUAUACAAGAUGAACGUUUCAAGUCGGUGGACACCGAGCGAUUUGAAAAGAAAAAGAAAUCAAAGAAAAGUGAUGCAACAACGUCCGCUGCUAAAAAUGAACAAACCAAUGCCACCCAAAAGAAGAAGAAAAUUGAUAAACGUUUUCAGCAAACAGCGUUGCCUAAUAAAAAAGCUAAAAAACUGUUAAUAGGCAGCAAAAAAAGCGGCCCAAAGAAAACAUAACAUCAUGUAUCCAUUGCUUGGAGUUUUUAUUGUAUAAACUUAAAUAAACUUAUAUUGUAUGUAGAAAAAAAUAACACGUUUUUAAAAAACCUUUUUUUCUUAAAUUACAAAAUGUUUACACUUUAGAUGCAUUAAUGUAAAAUAUGUACGUACGUACAUGUAUAUGAAAAUAAAACAAAUAUAGAGUAUAAGUAAAUUUUAAAAAUUAUAA